AUGUACUGCAAAGUGUACAAAGCAACUCCCACUACUCCACGGAUGGGCCCAUUGCCACCGGCGAGGUUAGGAGCCUUUAAUCGUCCCUUUUCAUUCGUUGGACUGGACUAUUUUGGUUCUAUGCAGGUUCGCGUUGGUCGUACCAGAGUUAAGCGGUGGGUGGCCUUAUUCACCUGCUUAUCGAUUCGCGCCGUUCAUCUCGAGGUGGUGCAUUCGCUUUCAACGAUGUCCUGCAAGAUGGCUAUUCGGCGUUUCGUGGCGCGACGGGGAUCGCCAGUCGAAUUUUAUAGCGAUAAUGGGACCAACUUCGUAGGUGCGAGUAACGAGUUGAAGAGUGAGCUAAAAUCCAUCAAUGGCGAGCUUGCAGAAACGUUCACUAAUGCCAAAACUAAAUGGCUGUUUAACCCACCAUCGUCCCCACACAUGGGAGGAGCGUGGGAAAGACUUGUUCGAUCGGUGAAGGCUGCCUUUUUCGCGAUGAGUACUUCCAGAUGCCCGGAUGAAGAAACAUUCGCCACGUUAUUAGUUGAGGCAGAAGGAAUCGUCAAUUCGAGGCCUUUAACAUUCGUCCCUUUGGAAGCCGGUACUCAGGAAGCUUUGACGCCCAACCACUUUCUCUUGGCGAGUUCCAACGGUGUUGUGCAACCUGCGAGAACUUUGAGUGAACUGAAAUCCGUUGGUAGGAGUGAUUGGAAUCUAUGCCGUCACUUGGUUGACCUCUUUUGGCGUAGAUGGGUUAAAGAGUACUUGCCUAUGAUUACCAGGCGCACAAAGUGGCUGAAGGAUACAAGGUCAUUGCAGUCCGGUGAUCUGGUGGUGAUCGUUGAGGAACCGGUUCGUAACGGUUGGAUUAGGGGUCGUGUGCUGGAAACCCGGCUUGGACGGGAUGGACGAGUACGUCGAGCCGUAAUCCAGACUUCGACGGGUACUGUGCUAAGACCGGCCACGAAGCUAGCACUUUUGGACGUACAAGAAGGUAAAACUGGAUCACAAACCCAGGACCAGUUUUACGGGUCGGAGGAUGUUACGGCUUAUCUUGCCGGUCCUAGCGAAAUCCCUCGGUCAAUCUAG